AUGCAGGCAGCUAGACACGCCGAGAAAGGAUUUUCCAUGGAUCCAAAACCCAAGAGGAGAGUUGUGGUGGAGAAUGGGGAUACAGGGGAAGACCUAGUCCUUGCUACAUUAAUCGGCAAUGGCGAAGAUUUGGGUCCAAUCGUUAGGCACGCCUUUGAGAUGGGACGCCCUGAAGCCCUCCUCCAACAACUGAAAGGUGUAGUGAAGAAAAAAGAAGUGGAGAUUGAGGACCUUUGCAAGAGCCAUUAUGAAGAGUUCAUCCUAGCAGUUGAUGAGCUUCGUGGUGUCCUUGUUGAUGCCGAAGAGCUCAAAGGCGAGCUCGCAAGUGAUAACAUCAAGCUCCAGGGAGUUGGGAACUCUCUCUUGAUCAAGCUCGAGGACCUUCUUGAGUCCUAUUCCAUCAAGAAGAAUGUCACCGAAGGCAUCAAAUUGUCAAAAUCAUGUGUUCAAGUCCUUGAGCUAUGUGUCAAAUGCAACAACCACAUGACGGAUGGUAACUUCUACCCGGCAUUGAAGACUGUGGACUUGGUCGAGAAGAAUUACCUGAAGAACAUCCCUGUGAGAUCUCUUAAACUGGCAGUGGAGAAGACAAUCCCGGUCAUCAAAACACACAUCGAGAAGAAGGUAACCAGUCAGUUCAAUGAGUGGCUUGUUCAUGUAAGGAGUUCAGCAAAGACCAUUGGCCAGACAGCGAUAAGCCACUCAGCAUCAGCUCGCCAGAGAGAUGAAGAAAUGCUGGAACGGCAGAGGAGAGCUGAGGAGCAGAAUGUUUCCGGUUUAGGAGGAGACUUUGCAUUCACUCUAGAUGUUGAGGAAAUCGAUGAAGAUUCAGUAUUACAAUUUGAUCUCACUCCUCUUUAUCGAGCUCAUCACAUCCAUGCUUGCCUUGGGAUUCGUGAUCAGUUCCGUGACUACUACUAUAAAAACCGUGUCCUGCAGCUGAACUCAGACUUGCAAAUCUCAUAUGGUCAACCGUUUAUUGAAUCCUACCAGACCUACUUGGCUCAAAUUGCUGGCUACUUCAUUGUUGAGGAUCGCGUAUUAAGGACUGCUAGUGGUGUUCUUUCUUCAGAUAAAGUCGAGACAAUGUGGGAAACAGCUGUCAAUAAAGUGACAUCUUUGUUAGAUGAUCAGUUCAACCGCACAGAUUCGGCUACUCAUCUCUUACUAGUGAAGGAUUAUGUCACACUUCUUUCUGAAACACUUCGGCAAUAUGGUUAUGACACAGGCCAACUCUUGGAGGCUCUGGACAAAGGCCGAGAGAAGUACCACGACUUUCUGUUGAGGGAAUGUAGAGAGCAAAUUGUUGGUGCCCUUGGAAAUGACACGUACGAGCAAAUGGUGAUAAAGAAGGACACAGAUUAUGAGAAUAAUGUCCUCGUGUUUCAGCUCCAGACGUCGGAGAUCAUGCCUGCUUUCCCGUAUGUAGCACCAUUCUCAUCCAUGGUACCUGACACUUGUCGCAUUGUGAGGUCAUUCAUCAAAGGUUCUGUAGAUUACUUGUCAUAUGGUCUCCACACAAACAUCUAUGAUCUUGUGAGGAAGUAUUUGGACAAGAUACUAAUCGAUGUUCUGAAUGAGGUUGUGCUUAGUACGAUCAACAGUAGCACCAUUGGAGUAUCUCAAGCCAUGCAGAUUGCAGCAAAUAUAUCGGUUCUCGAACGUGCAUGCGAUUUCUUCCUUCGGCAUGCUGCCCAGCUAUGUGGAAUACCUGCUCGGUCACUCGAGAGGGCUCAAGCUAGUUUGACUGCUAAAGUGAUCCUGAAAACUUCAAGGGAUGCUGCUUACUUGGCGCUUUUGACAUUAGUGGACACCAAGUUGGAUGAGUUCAUGGCUCUUACUGAUAAUGUUCAGUGGACUACCGAGGAGACGCCUCAGAAUGGGAAUGAGUACAUAAACGAGGUGGUGAUUUACCUCGACACACUUUUAUCGACUGCUCAACAGAUUCUGCCUCUGGAUGCUUUAUACAAAGUUGGUUGUGGUGCUUUGGAACAUAUUUCGAACUCCAUUGUUGGAGCAUUUCUGAGUGAUAUUGUGAAGAGGUUCAACGCCAAUGCAGUCCUCGCUUUAAACUACGAUUUGAAGAUGUUGGAGAAUUUUGCUGAUGAGAGGUUUCAUAGUACUGGACUGAGUGAGAUAUACAAGGGAGCGAGUUUCAGGUCGUGUUUGGUGGAAGCAAGGCAGCUGAUUAAUCUUCUGUCGAGCAGCCAGCCGGAGAACUUCAUGAACCCUGUGAUCCGGGAGAGGAACUACAACACUUUGGAUUAUAAGAAGGUGGCUACCAUUUGUGAGAAGUUCAAGGAUUCAGCUGAUUCGAUCUUCGGUAGUCUCUCUAACAGGAAUGCGAAGCAGAGCGCCAAGAAGAGAUCGAUGGAGGUACUGAAGAAGAGGUUGAAGGACUUCAAUUGAUGAGGUCUCAACAACUUCUACAGGACUUUCUUUUGUUUGCUUGUUAGGUUUUGUUUCUUCAUCUUUUUGCUUCCCUCUCAGAGCUUCCUGGUUAGAAAUGAAGUAACUUUUUGUCAUUUCGGUUUUGGUUCUUUGUCCAUCAGUUCUUGUGCUUAAUUAGUCUGUUAAUAAAGCUUACUUAUUAUUGAGUAUUGACAAUUGAAUCCAAGUUUGCAGAUACCUUCCUUUCUGCAUAUAGUAUUGAGAUUACUUGUUGGUAAGCUCAAGCCUAGCUGCUUAGUAGAACAUUGGCAGCUAGCUAGUCUAAAUUCAGGAAAAUCCGAUAAUCGUUGAAGAUAUUUUAUUGAAUAAUCUAGCAUAUAACUUGUAU